UAAGAAAUUCUAUACAAUCAUAAAAAAAUUCACCUGCUCUCAAUUCAGGGUAUAUGUGUAUGCUGCAGACAGUUUUUUCCAUUUGUGUAUGAAAUAUCACCUGAAAACUUUAAAUGGUGUUUUGGUUAUGAACAUAUAUAUAGGGCCCUAAGUUGAGAUAUAUAGAAUACCGAAGCUCACGAAAUAAUAUAUUGACUGUGAAGCGUAAAAGACAUUAUCUAUAUUUUAAAGUUUGUGCAAAUAUUGUCCUUGUAAGCCUUGAGGAAAAUAUAAAGUAUACAUAGAUAUUAAUCGUGGGUAGCCAAUGGUAAGGAAAUAGACACCGGUUAGUGGUGAGGGGGGUUGUCAAACUUAAAUCUGUGGUGUGAAUGAGCUUAUAGACACCAUUGUUUGUAUAGUACUGUUACAGUAGUCAUUGAUGGACUAGCCUGCGUUCUGUGUGUGGCACAUAGAAAAAUCAUGGUCUAUAAGCAGAGGAUUUUAUGGAUACACAAUUGAGGUAACGCAGAUCAUCAAUAAUCAGAUCAUGGUGGUUUGAUAGCAUCACGAAAGAUUGAAAGAUCUGGAGGUCUACAGUUACGAGAAACAUGCUCAUCCUACACAUGUAAAGAAAAAAAACACCCUAGAGCACUGGACAUGAUUCAAGAGUACACACAGGGACAUCACAUCUGUUCUAGUUCACGUUAAGGAUUUAUACAAAUCAAAAAGGAUGACAGUUGAAUCAGCUGAUGCUCAGCCAGGAUAAACUUUGUUAAAAACUACACAAAAAGUGAUUCAGAGAUUCCAGAAAUGGCUGAACUAAAAGUUCGAGUGGAUGGAGUUUCCAGAGUGGUUUGUGGUGUGACAGAUACCACCAGUUGUCAGGACGUAGUGAUAGCUUUGGCACACGCCAUCGGAAGGACAGGCCGAUUCACUUUGAUAGAAAAAUGGAGAGAUAGUGAAAGACCCCUCCUUCCAUCAGACUGCCCAUUACAAGUUCUUCACAAAUGGGGAGAAUAUGCCAAUGAAGUUCAGUUGCUGUUGCACCAGUCAGACAAAAAAGAUCAAGUUUCUCAACAACAGCAGCAACUAAACAAAAUAGAUUCUGGUUCAUACCCUGUGAAGGAAAAGGAUAGUGGUAUUAGAAGAGUCCUCACAUUCAGUGGUGCUCACAAUACAGAGAGCACCAAACGACCUCCGAACAAAACACCGAAACAGCGGCAGUACAUGGGUAAAAUCAGUGAGGAUCUACAUCCUGGAGUGUCCAAUGAGAUUACAAACUUGCAUCAGGGUCAAAGGUCAAGGGAGGAUGUGCAUUACAGACCGGAUAAUCAGAACUUUCAUCCAGCUUUUCGAGAUAAGGAGAAUGUGUUACUCAAUGGUGGGAAUACAUUUCAGCAGGAUGUGAAGAAAGGUGUGCGACCUGGACAAAACGGUGUAAUUCAUAGACACCCAACUCCUCCAACUGAACAAGUGCAAUUACAAACCCGUGCUGUUCAUAAUAACAUAGCUGACUUCAGAAAUCCCAAACGGAUGGAAGCCAGGGUAAAUCCCAUUCAGAGGAUAUCACCCAGGCCAAUGCCUGGAAUAGAGCAAUCGGGGAAAAGUGCAUUAUAUCCUCCUCAUGCAAAAAUUAAAUAUAGUGAGGAGAAUGUUCAUGGGGGAGAGCAAGUGAAUAAUUCUUUGCCAUCUUCUCAUAUUGACAAUGUCAGAGCCUCUGCCUUCCAGCGUGUUGUUUCUAAUAGACAAACUUCACCACAUCGCUCAAAAGAAGUGGAGACUGAUCAAAAUGGAGAGGUAGAGGAAUAUGAUUUAGAUAGCAACUUUCCAAAUCUUCCAAGAGAAAGAGUGAUGUUAGAGGAGUACCGAAUGCCUGGUGAUGGUCACCAUGACAACAGUCACAUCGCAACAGACCAUAAAGAAAGAGUGAAGCUUCAGAGACUGGUGAACAUGCAACAGGAAAGGAUAAAGAUGCAGGAAUCACAAAUCUCCAUCAUAGACACAGAACUAACUUCUCUGGAAGAAAAGCAGAAAGAAGAAUCCCAGGAAAUAGAGAAAAUCACAAGUAAAAUUAAAGAACUUGAGGAAGUAACUAAAAAGUAUGAAGUGGAAAUCUGUGAACUUGACUCCACGUCAUGGGUGGAUGUUAUAGAAGGUGAGAAGCAAACAGCAAAGAAAAUCCACUUGGAGAUCAAAACAUUCAAGGAAAACACCAGCACAAAAACAUCAGAGCUUAACAAACUCAGUGAUAGACUUCCUCAGAUUCAGAGAGACAUUGAUAGUGAAAAGGCUGGGAUAGAACAGGAAGCCCGACAGAGAAAAGAGGAGGAAGACAAGCUAAUGGAAGAUCUAAAGUUUGUGAAAGAAAAACUAGAUGUAGAAAACAAGAAAAUUGAUACUGAUAAUACAGAGUUAGAAAUGGUUGAACAUGAGCUAAGGGAACUUCAGAACAAGCUGGACCAACAAAAAGAUGAGGUUAUCUCACUUGAAAAGGAGUUGAAAGUUGUGAAUUUGAAGGAGUUUCAGUUUUCACCAGGUCCAGUAAGAAAGAACAAAUCUCUGGAAUCUGGAGAAGCUGUUUUGAAGAUAUUGGAGGGGAGAAUGUCCCCAGUCAAGGGCCUCAACAGGAAGAUGGCCGUCAGUCCGGUCCUGUCAGUUGCGAAGGACCCAGACGGGGUGUGGGUGUGACCACAAAACCAGAUGGGGUGUGGGUGUGACCACAAAACCAGACGGGGUGUGGGUGUGACCACAAAACCAGACGGGGUGUGGGUGUGACCAAAAAACCAGACGGGGUGUGGGUGUGACCACAAAACCAGACGGGGUGUGGGUGUGACCAUGCACAGACCACAAAAACAGAUGGGGUGUGGGUGUGACCACAAAACCAGAUGGGGUGUGGGUGAACCACUGAAAGCAGGACAGCAGCAAGAACCAUUAUUUUAUAUUGCUGACCAGACCACAUCCUGCCUUGUGUGUGUUUGAAUAAAGAACAAUGCAUUCCCCUUUGUAUUGUAUACAGGUUUAUAUCCAUGUAUGGUUGUACAUAUAUAUGUGGGAAUGAAAAACAUGCACAGAGUAAAUUUUUAUUAUCAUUUAAAUAUAGAUUUGCCUUGCUUUUUGUGCAUGAAGUUUUUGCAAGAUUUGUUGAUAUCUGUAAGUAGAGACAAAUGUUGGAAGGAUAGGAUAUUUUUCUAUGUUUGAACAUUUGCAGUUACUAAGUUAGUGUUAUUCUACGUCAAUGCAAUUUUUGUUCAUUUUGUCAAGACAUCCUGGUUGUGAAAUUGAGGUCUUUCAAUGUGAUUCACUUGUUUUUUCAUACAUCAUCUCGGUGUCAUGCAAUGCAUGAGAUAUUGGGGUUUGCUUUUUGUUUUUGAGAAUCAAUAAAUUUAAUUCAGAUAAUUAGCUUUUUAUGUUAAUUUCUUCAUUAACACUAUUAUUCUAAGUAGACUUGAAAUACAGCGGGGUAUAUUGAUUGAAGUACAUUUUGAAAAAAAAAUUCCAUAAAUUUUGUUUUGAAAAAAAAAAAUUCCAAUUUAUACCAUAUAUUUGACCUGUCUUUUGAUUUAAAUGAUAUUUUUAGAAAUAUACAAUUAUGAUAUAAAUAUCGUCUUUCCUUUUGUUUACAUGUCGUGGUCCUCAUGUUGCCUCAUAAACCGGUACGUGUUCUCAUUUUUCAAUUAUGAUAAAAGCAUGUUUAAUAUUGCUACAAUUAUUGCAUGGAACAAAAAUUAUGCACAGGAAAUAUACACGUAUCUGUGAGAUAUACAUAAGAAAGAAGCAAGGAAAAUUAUUUUAGAUGCAUUCCAGUGUACUUGAUGUUUUGCAGCCAAACAAUGUGUUCAAUUCUCCAUACAUUCCUCAUCUACUAUAUCAACAAACCAAAGAUUAGAUUUUAUUUUUUGGACAUUACUAGAUACAUUUUCUUUGUUCCAGUCAGCAAGUACAUGAAAUCAUGGUAAAGUAAAAUGGUGAUGCAUUUCUUACUUUUCCUUGAAGUAUGUCAUAUUCCACUAUCUUUUCUUUUUUAGUUACAAUUCCUUUACAAGUCUUGAGACAGACUGUGUACUCCUGUGUAAAAUUUUUUUUAUCUUUUUUGUUUGUUUUUUUCUUUUGAUUUUUUUUUUUGUACAUGAUUAUAAUACUCAGAAUUCAAGUAUAUGGGAAAAAGAUUUGUUUGUGUAUUAAAGAGACAUUUAAUUUUUUCUUAUCAUUCAUAGACUUGAAGAUUUUUCUCUCUCACUUUGAUCAUGUUUUAUUACUUGUAUUCACAUUUUCUAUUAACACAUGCUUAUUGUUCCGAGAGAAACAGAAUGCUUAAAUUUUGUAUUUAAUCGGGGAAAGUCGGUGAAAUUAAAAUGUUUGGCAUAUUCAGACAUUAGAAGUUUGCCAAUCACAGGGUAACAGAAACAAUGGUAUUAUUAUUACGUAUGUGGCGGUGGGGAUUGGAUUCAAAUGAGAUCAUGUAAUUUCCUCUCGUCUUUGUAAAAUUGAAGAGGAAGAAAUAUAGAUUCACAGUUGAUGAUAAAAUUUGUCUAUGAAUUGAAAUAUUUUUUUUCUCUGUUUUAUAUGAGUUUUCCGAUUGGCUUAUUCUGUGCAAUGUCUUUAAAGUUAAUGUAGCAACAGGCAGUGUUUGUUGAAUAACUAAACAAUCUUUGGGUCUUUGUUAAAAGAGAGGUGAAUUUGGCUUCUUGCAAAAAUUUACAUCUACUUAUUGUGAAAUUGUAUUGGAUGAUUUUAUAAUGCUGGUAUAUUACUGUAGAAAUAGUAGUCAGUGACCACAAUGUAAAGGAUACCAACAACUUUAAAAGAUAACAGUUUUUGUUACUACUAGUAUUACUGAGGAAAAUAAUGAAUAAUCCAGUCUAGUCAUAUUUUUGUAAAUUUUUGAUCCAUUACUGUAGAUUCCUUAUUUUACAUGGGUAUUUAUUAUCUCAAAAUGACUUAAAGAUGUCAAAAAAGCAAGGAUAUGAAUUCAGUUCAGUUCUGUUGAUUAAGAGUUUCCCCCCGUUUUUCAUUAAACCGAGUAAUUUUUUAUUACUGGUGGUGCUUCUCACUAAAUUACAUGUUAGUGUAUUCCUCCGCAUAUAUAUAGGAAUGAUGUCACAAAUGUAGACUUGAUUUGGUACAAUUCAUCUAUAAAUUAAUCUCAAGAAAAAACAUAUCAGCUGAGUACAUAGUUUGUACUCUAUCAUAUUAAUAUGUUUUCCCCUGGGGUCAAUGUAUCUGUGGAUUGACUGAAUGAAAAGGCUAUAAAUUGUUAUUACUCUGAUUUAUUUUACUUGCUUUUAACACUCAUCAUUAACUCAAGUAGAUCAGUUUUGCAAGGGUAAUUUCUCAACCAAUUAUAGCACUGUUUUUGUGAAACGAAAGUCUAGUUUAACCCAGAUUUUGUUACAGCGUAAUGUUUGUAACGUAGGUUUUGGGUACCUUUUUUCCAUCAUUUAGGUGUACAUGUUUUGUUUUAAAUAUAGCCAUUUAUAAUCUUGCCCCCCAAGAACUGAUUAUUGAUAAAAGACAUGGUUGUGCGAAAAUUAGUUGUUUUGUUGACAUUCCAAAAAUAUAUUGUUAUCAUGAAUUCUGAAUGUUAUGAAAUGAAUUUGUAAAUAUAUACUGUUACAACCUAAAAA